GAUGUAUAUCCCUCUGCCAUCCGGCGACCGAGCGCCAAGGAGCUUCGGACCCGAGACGGAGGGCCGUUCACUCGAAGUUUCACGGCCACAAGCUCUCAUAGAUAGACAGGUCUCCAUCUCUGGUGGACAGACGACCGACCUCACUGUCGGUAUCACAGUUGGCGUCGCCGUUCUUAUCUUUCUGCUCGGAGCGGGCGCAUUCCUCUACUACUACAGAGUAUCUCUCAAGAAGAUUAGCCGCCGCCGACGUCGUCGCGCCCGCCGCAGCCACCACUAUCAUCACCACAAGUCGGUCAGCUCCAGGAGCUCCAAGAGCUCGGCCGACGACGCCUCGGCAUCCCACCCGUCUCCUUCGGCCCCGCCUUCUGCUGCUCCGGCAAGCGCUGCGCCCGCCGACCCUCCCGCCGACCCUCCUGCCGACCCCCCGGCCGAUCCACCGGUCGACCCGCCUCCGGAGGAAUAGCGAAGCGGCCCGGUUGCGAGUUGAUGCUUGAGUAGGAAAACUACUACUGCUGGCAUAGGCAGGAAAAAGGGACAGACGAGCAAGCUUGAACUUGCUCAUCUCACACGUCCAUCGAUGUGGUGUAAGUUAUGUUGGUGUGUGCGACGGUCAGAGGCUUGCUUUAAGCGGGAGUUUGCACAUGUGCUACGGGCACGGCGAUUACCAGGCGCCGACGAAAGCGACAGUUGCUGCUGAUCAGAUUAGCAUUCUACGUUUGCGGUGUGUAUCUUUAGUUGAUUGAAUUGAUCUUGUUUUAGCUUUUGCACUACUUCUAUGUCUUCUCGGCUUCUAGACUUGCCUGAGCAUCGAGAAUAGACUCUGUCUACGCC